AUGAGCUCCGACGCGGAGAUGGCGGUUUUUGGGGAGGCUGCUCCUUUCCUCCGGAAGUCGGAGAAGGAGCGGAUCGAGGCCCAGAACAAGCCUUUCGACGCCAAGUCCUCUGUCUUUGUGGUGGACGCUAAGGAGUCCUUCGUGAAAGCCGUGGUGCAAAGCAGGGAAGGCGGGAAGGUGACAGCCAAGACUGAAGGUGGUGCUACUGUGACAGUUAAAGAUGACCAGGUGUUCCCCAUGAACCCUCCCAAGUACGACAAGAUCGAGGACAUGGCCAUGAUGACCCACCUGCACGAGCCCGCCGUGCUGUACAACCUCAAAGAGCGCUACGCAGCCUGGAUGAUCUACACUUACUCGGGCCUGUUCUGCGUCACCGUCAACCCCUACAAGUGGCUGCCGGUGUAUAACUCAGAGGUGGUGACCGCCUACCGAGGCAAAAAGCGCCAGGAGGCCCCGCCCCACAUCUUCUCCAUCUCCGACAACGCCUAUCAGUUCAUGCUGACGGAUCGGGAGAAUCAGUCCAUCCUGAUCACCGGAGAAUCCGGGGCAGGGAAGACUGUGAACACCAAGCGGGUCAUCCAGUACUUCGCAACAAUUGCAGUCACUGGGGAGAAGAAGAAGGAGGAAGCUACUUCCGGCAAAAUGCAGGGGACACUGGAAGAUCAAAUCAUCAGUGCCAACCCCCUCUUAGAGGCCUUUGGCAACGCCAAGACCGUGAGGAACGACAACUCUUCUCGCUUUGGUAAAUUCAUCAGGAUCCACUUUGGUACCACAGGAAAGCUGGCUUCUGCUGAUAUUGAAACAUAUCUUCUGGAGAAAUCUAGAGUUACUUUCCAGCUAAAAGCAGAAAGGAGCUACCAUAUUUUUUAUCAGAUCAUGUCUAACAAGAAGCCAGAUCUAAUUGAAAUGCUCCUGAUCACCACCAACCCAUAUGACUUCGCCUUCGUCAGUCAGGGAGAGAUCACGGUGCCCAGCAUUGAUGACCAGGAGGAGCUGAUGGCCACCGAUUUCAACAGCCUGGAGCAGCUGUGCAUCAACUUCACCAACGAGAAGCUGCAGCAGUUCUUCAACCACCACAUGUUCGUGCUGGAGCAGGAGGAGUACAAGAAGGAGGGCAUCGAGUGGGAGUUCAUUGACUUCGGGAUGGACCUGGCUGCCUGCAUCGAGCUCAUCGAGAAGCCCAUGGGCAUCUUCUCCAUCCUGGAGGAGGAGUGCAUGUUCCCCAAGGCUACAGACACCUCCUUCAAGAACAAGCUGUACGAACAGCACCUGGGCAAGUCCAACAACUUCCAGAAGCCCAAGGUUGUUAAAGGCAAGCCUGAGGCCCACUUCGCGCUGAUCCACUACGCCGGCACAGUGGACUACAACAUUACUGGCUGGCUGGACAAGAACAAGGACCCCCUGAAUGAGACGGUGGUCGGGCUGUACCAGAAGUCUGGCCUAAAAACGCUGGCUUACCUCUUCUCAGGGGCAGCAGCUGCUGCUGAAGCAGAGGCUGGUGGUGGAAAGAAAGGGGGUAAGAAGAAGGGCUCUUCAUUCCAGACGGUGUCUGCUCUCUUCAGGGAGAACUUGAACAAGCUGAUGACCAACUUGAGAAGCACUCACCCCCACUUCGUGCGGUGCAUCAUCCCCAAUGAGACCAAGACUCCCGGGGCCAUGGAGCACGAACUUGUCCUGCAUCAGCUGAGGUGUAACGGCGUGCUUGAAGGCAUCAGGAUCUGCAGGAAAGGCUUUCCAAGCAGGAUCAUUUAUGCAGACUUCAAACAGAGAUACAAGGUGCUAAAUGCCAGUGCUAUUCCUGAAGGACAAUUUAUCGACAGCAAGAAAGCUUCGGAGAAGCUGCUGGGGUCCAUUGAUAUUGACCACACCCAGUAUAAAUUUGGUCAUACCAAGGUCUUUUUCAAAGCGGGUCUUCUGGGGCUCCUGGAGGAGAUGCGAGAUGACAAGCUGGCCCAGCUGAUUACCCGGACCCAGGCUAUGUGCCGCGGGUUCUUGGCCAGGGUGGAGUACCAGAAGAUGGUGGAGAGAAGAGAAUCCAUCUUCUGCAUCCAGUACAAUAUCCGUGCCUUCAUGAAUGUGAAGCACUGGCCCUGGAUGAAGCUGUACUUUAAGAUCAAGCCCCUGCUCAAGAGUGCAGAGACUGAGAAGGAGAUGGCCAACAUGAAGGAAGAAUUUGAGAAAACCAAAGAAAGCCUUGCAAAGGCUGAGGCCAAAAGGAAAGAACUGGAAGAAAAAAUGGUAGCUCUGAUGCAAGAGAAAAAUGACUUGCAACUUCAAGUUCAAUCUGAAGCAGACAACCUGGCUGAUGCAGAGGAGAGAUGCGACCAGCUGAUCAAAACCAAGAUCCAGCUGGAGGCCAAGAUCAAAGAGGUGACAGAGAGGGCUGAGGACGAGGAAGAGAUCAACGCCGAGCUGACGGCCAAGAAGAGGAAGCUGGAGGAUGAAUGCUCCGAGCUCAAGAAAGACAUAGACGACCUUGAGCUGACACUGGCCAAGGUGGAGAAGGAGAAACAUGCCACGGAGAACAAGGUGAAAAACCUCACCGAGGAGAUGGCAGGCCUGGACGAGACCAUCGCCAAGCUGACCAAGGAGAAGAAGGCCCUCCAGGAGGCCCACCAGCAGACCCUGGAUGACCUGCAGGCCGAGGAGGACAAAGUGAACACUCUGACCAAGGCCAAGAUCAAGCUGGAGCAGCAAGUGGAUGAUCUGGAAGGGUCUUUGGAACAAGAGAAGAAAAUCCGAAUGGAUCUAGAGAGGGUCAAGAGGAAACUGGAGGGAGACCUAAAAUUGGCCCAAGAAUCCACAAUGGACGUGGAAAACGACAAACAGCAACUGGAUGAGAAACUCAAAAAGAAAGAGUUUGAAAUGAGCCAUCUGCAAAGCAAGAUUGAAGAUGAACAGGCUCUUGGUAUGCAGCUGCAGAAGAAGAUCAAGGAGUUACAAGCCCGCAUGGAAGAGCUGGAGGAGGAAAUCGAGGCAGAGCGGGCCUCCAGGGCCAAAGCCGAGAAGCAGCGCUCUGACCUGGCCAGGGAGCUGGAGGAGAUCAGCGAGCGGCUGGAAGAAGCCGGAGGGGCAACGUCCGCCCAGAUUGAGAUGAACAAGAAGCGGGAGGCGGAGUUCCAGAAAAUGCGCAGGGACCUGGAAGAGGCCACCCUGCAGCACGAGGCCACCGCGGCCACCCUGAGGAAGAAGCACGCGGACAGCGUGGCCGAGCUCGGGGAGCAGAUCGACAACCUGCAGCGGGUCAAGCAGAAGCUGGAGAAGGAGAAGAGCGAGAUGAAGAUGGAGAUCGAUGACCUGGCCAGCAACAUGGAGACGGUCUCCAAAGCCAAGGGCAACCUGGAAAAGAUGUGUCGCACCCUGGAAGAUCAAGUGAGCGAACUGAAGACGAAGGAGGAAGAGCAGCAGCGGCUGAUCAACGACCUGACGGCUCAGAGGGGGCGCCUGCAGACUGAGUCAGGUGAAUAUUCACGCCAGUUAGAUGAAAAAGAUUCACUAGUUUCUCAGCUCUCCAGAGGCAAGCAGGCUUUCACACAACAGAUUGAGGAGUUAAAACGGCAGCUUGAAGAGGAGAUAAAGGCCAAGAGUGCUCUGGCCCACGCCCUGCAGUCCUCGCGCCAUGACUGUGACUUGCUGCGGGAACAGUAUGAGGAGGAGCAGGAAGCCAAGGCCGAGCUGCAGAGGGCCAUGUCCAAAGCCAACAGUGAGGUGGCCCAGUGGAGGACCAAAUACGAGACGGACGCCAUCCAGCGCACAGAGGAGCUGGAGGAGGCCAAGAAGAAGCUGGCCCAGCGUCUCCAGGAUGCUGAGGAGCACGUGGAGGCGGUGAACGCCAAAUGCGCUUCCCUCGAGAAGACGAAGCAGCGGCUCCAGAACGAGGUGGAGGACCUCAUGAUUGAUGUGGAGAGAACCAACGCGGCCUGCGCGGCGCUGGACAAGAAGCAACGGAACUUUGACAAGGUCCUUGCCGAAUGGAAACAGAAGUACGAAGAAACUCAUGCUGAACUUGAAGCUUCCCAAAAGGAAUCCCGCUCACUCAGCACGGAGCUAUUCAAAAUCAAGAAUGCUUAUGAGGAAUCUUUAGACCACCUUGAAACCUUGAAGCGCGAAAACAAGAAUCUGCAACAAGAGAUUUCUGACCUCACGGAACAGAUCGCGGAGGGAGGAAAGCGGAUCCAUGAAUUGGAGAAAAUCAAGAAGCAAAUCGAGCAAGAAAAGUCGGAACUCCAGGCUGCUUUAGAGGAGGCAGAGGCAUCUCUUGAACACGAAGAAGGCAAGAUCCUGCGCAUCCAGCUGGAGCUGAACCAAGUCAAGUCGGAGAUCGAUAGGAAAAUUGCGGAAAAGGAUGAGGAAAUCGACCAGCUGAAGAGGAACCACAUCCGAGUGGUGGAGUCCAUGCAGAGCACGCUGGACGCUGAGAUCAGGAGCAGGAACGACGCCAUCAGGGUCAAGAAGAAGAUGGAGGGAGACCUCAACGAGAUGGAGAUCCAGCUGAACCACGCCAACCGCAUGGCUGCCGAGGCCCUGAGGAACUACCGGAACACGCAGGGCAUCCUCAAGGAUACCCAGAUCCACCUGGACGAUGCUCUGCGGGGCCAGGAGGACCUGAGGGAGCAGUUGGCCAUGGUGGAGCGUCGAUCCAACCUGCUUCAGGCCGAGAUCGAGGAGCUGCGGGCCACUCUGGAGCAAACGGAGCGGAGCAGGAAGAUCGCCGAGCAGGAGCUGCUGGAUGCCAGUGAGCGCGUCCAGCUCCUGCACACCCAGAACACCAGCCUGAUCAACACCAAGAAGAAGCUCGAGACGGACAUCUCCCAGCUGCAAGGAGAGAUGGAGGACAUUGUCCAGGAAGCCCGCAACGCAGAAGAGAAGGCCAAGAAGGCCAUCACCGAUGCGGCCAUGAUGGCCGAGGAGCUGAAGAAGGAGCAGGACACGAGUGCCCACCUGGAGCGGAUGAAGAAGAACCUGGAGCAGACGGUGAAGGACCUGCAGCACCGGCUGGAUGAGGCAGAGCAGCUGGCCCUCAAGGGAGGCAAGAAGCAGAUCCAGAAGCUGGAGGCCAGGGUACGAGAGCUUGAAGGAGAAGUUGAGAAUGAACAGAAGCGCAAUGUUGAGACUGUGAAGGGUCUUCGUAAACACGAGAGAAGAGUGAAGGAGCUCACCUACCAGACCGAGGAAGACCGCAAGAAUGUCCUCAGGCUCCAGGACCUGGUGGACAAACUGCAAGCGAAGGUGAAAGCUUACAAGAGACAAGCUGAGGAAGCGGAGGAGCAAUCCAAUGUCAACCUGGCCAAGUUCCGCAAGAUCCAGCACGAGCUGGAGGAGGCCGAGGAGCGGGCCGACAUUGCCGAGUCCCAGGUCAACAAGCUGCGGGUCAAGAGCCGGGAGGUGCACACCAAGAUCAUCAGCGAAGAGUGA